AUGGGGGAGAUGGAGCAGCUGCGGCAGGAAGCAGAACAACUCAAGAAGCAGAUUGCAGAUGCCAGGAAAGCCUGUGCUGACAUUACCAUGGCAGAGCUGGUGUCUGGCCUAGAGGUCGUGGGACGAGUCCAGAUGCGGAUGCGGCGGACGUUAAGGGGUCACCUGGCCAAGAUCUAUGCCAUGCACUGGGCCACUGACUCCAAGCUGCUGGUAAGUGCCUCGCAAGACGGCAAGCUGAUCGUGUGGGACACCUACACCACCAACAAGGUGCAUGCCAUCCCUCUGCGCUCCUCCUGGGUCAUGACCUGUGCCUAUGCCCCGUCGGGGAACUUCGUGGCCUGUGGGGGACUGGACAACAUGUGUUCCAUCUACAGCCUCAAAUCACGGGAGGGCAAUGUCAAGGUCAGCCGGGAGCUCUCUGCGCACACAGGUUAUCUCUCCUGCUGCCGCUUCCUGGAUGACAACAACAUUGUGACCAGCUCCGGGGACACCACGUGCGCCCUGUGGGAUAUUGAGACUGGGCAGCAGAAGACUGUGUUUGUGGGGCACACGGGUGACUGCAUGAGCCUGGCUGUAUCUCCUGACUUUCAGUUCUUCAUCUCCGGGGCCUGUGACGCCAGUGCCAAGCUGUGGGACGUCCGGGAAGGCACCUGCCGCCAGACUUUCACUGGCCAUGAGUCGGACAUCAACGCCAUCUGUUUCUUCCCCAACGGAGAGGCCAUCUGCACGGGCUCGGACGACGCCUCCUGCCGCCUGUUUGACCUGCGGGCGGACCAGGAGCUGACCGCCUACUCCCACGAGAGUGUAAUCUGCGGCAUCACGUCCGUGGCCUUCUCCCUCAGCGGACGCCUGCUCUUCGCGGGCUACGAUGACUUCAACUGCAAUGUCUGGGACUCCAUGAAGGGCGAGCGCGUGGGCAUCCUCUCUGGCCAUGACAACAGGGUCAGCUGCCUGGGGGUCACAGCUGAUGGGAUGGCUGUGGCCACCGGAUCCUGGGACAGCUUUCUCAAGAUCUGGAACUGAGGAGGCUGGAGGAGGGGAGGUGAAGCCAUGAAGACAUUCAAACCCCCUCGCUGAACCCCCAUCCUAAUCUGCUUGAGGUUUUCUCUUCUAUACCCCAGCUGCCAUCCCCACCGAGUUUCCUCCUUUGAGAGCAGUGGGGAGUGGGGGAGUGUGCUUUUGGGAAGCAGCAUCGGGGACGGAGGGAGAAAGAACUAUCCCAUUUCCUCCCAUGGCCUCCCCUCCCCAUGGCCUUGACAGCCUCUCCCUUACUGAGCAAGGACAACCGACCCCUCCCCAGCCUUUGCAGGCCCAGCAGACUUCUAGACUGGAAGGCCCUAGAACCCCUCUCCCACAGCUACUGCCUUUGCCCAGACACGGUGGCACAGGUGCAAAGCCUGGGACGAUGGCUCUGCCACCACUCUGGUCCUUCUACUUCAUGCCUUCCCUUUUUCUACCUUCUUUUCUAUCCUAAAGCACCUGCAAUAA